AUGAAUGCGACGAAGCGGAAAUUCAACGCCCUGCUUCAGGGGAUCGGCACGCGAUCCACCGGUUCCGUUUCAUCAACUGAAAAGAGCGAUCCUACGCGCCCAUCGUCAUUAGACCUCGGCCGGGGUGCUGCGACGGCGACGACGACUACGACUCCCUCGGCGGCGAGCCUCGAGUUCCUUGCCAAGCGGCGACGCAUAGCGAAUGGCGGUGCCACGUUGCGCGAUACAACGGGCAAUGCCGCUGUAACACCAUCAAGCAGCAUCUUGCGCAAAUGGGGUACGAGCACAGCCCGCGGGAGCAUCGCUAGGCCAGAACAGACGCAGACAAACACACAUACACAGACGGCACCGCCCCAGCCACGCUACUGCCCGGGCGACCGAGAGCAGCUCCUGCGGCGCUUGGCCACGUUCCAGGAGCUGACGGACUGGACGCCCAAGCCGGACCGCAUCAAUGAGAUCGAGUGGGCGAAGCGCGGCUGGGUGUGCCAGGGCAAGGAGCGGCUGCGGUGCACGCUGUGCAGCAAGGAGCUGGUGGUGCAGCUGGGCCGCGCCAAGGGCAGUGAGGCCGACAACAGCGACAGAAGCACACCCGCGUCGAUGGAAGCAGCUGAAGCGGCUGAAGCAGCCGAGGCGGCCGUGGUCGACAAGUACGUUGACUUGGUGGUAACGGCGCACGAGGAGGACUGUCUGUGGCGCAAAAAGGGUUGCGACGACAGCUUGCUGCGGCUGCCGCUGGCCAGCCCACACCAGGCACUCGCCGACCUCCGUCAGCGCUACGACGAGCUGUCCGCCCGCAAGGACUUUCUGCCGUACGAGUUCAACCUGCGGCUGCCCGAGGGCCUCGACAUUGACGCCGUCCUGGCCACGCUCCCGCCGACCUUUUUCGACACCCCUUCCACGACGACGGCCGCGGCCGCGGCCACGCCCUCCCCCAACCGCACCGCACUCGCUCUGGCCGUCAUGGGCUGGCAGGGCCUGACCAACAGCCGCAUCGGCGCGGUGCCCAACUCGGCGUCAUGCCAUGCGUGCCUGCGUCGACUGGGCCUGUGGAUGUUCAAGAGCAAGCAGGUCGACCUUGAGACGAACACGGUGCUCGAGCCGGCGCCCAUGGACCAUCUGGACGCCGUCCGUGAACACCGCUUCUUUUGCCCGUGGAAGAACGGCGCCGUGCAGCGCAACCCGGGCGGCGCGCGGCCCAUCCGGAACGGCAAGAGCGGCGCGGGACCGACGGCUCAACCGCCGGGCUGGGAUGUUUUGGUGCAGAUGCUCAAGAACGAUGCCUAUCUGCGCAACCGCAUGGCGGCCAGGCCGACGUCAAGCCGGCUUCCGCCCACGCCGUCCAAGGACGCGGCAGGUGCACCGGGUGUGGCGCCUGUGACGCCUGGCCGCCGGCCGGCCACUGCUGGCGGCAUUGCCAAGGUCGGCAAUGCCAGCAAUGGCACACCUGGCCCGCUGCUCGGGACGACACCGGCCACGCCGGGUACGGGCAGCGGCAUAUUUGGCGACCACGAGGCACGCGAAGAGGACGAGGCAGCACGCGACGCCAAAGACAAGGAGCGGUGGGCGCGGCUGCGACGGGUCAAGAGCUUGUUCGACGCCAAGGGCACAAUGGCCAAGAAGUUGAAGCGUGCGGGCGUUGGAGGCACGGGCAGCACGAACCGGCCGAACACGGGGCACUCUCAGUCGUCGCUGCGGCCGGAAAGUCAGGGUUAA